AUGACUACACGCUGCCAGCAACAGGUUACAUGUGCUGAUGGCUCAGCAGUGUGCAGUCUGCUGCCUGCCAUGGACGCGAGUACCUCGUGUGUCGCGGACCGCUCGCCUCCACUGAGUUUCUUCAAGAGUGUCUAUGAGGCUCCCGAGGGUGCGCCUUGGGAUGUGGGAAUCCCGCAGCCAGCCCUGGCGGUUGCCUUGGCUGAUGGUGACGUGAUGGGCCCUCGGGUUCUGGACAUUGGCUGCGGAACUGGAGAAAAUGCUGUCUUCCUUGCAGAAAACGGUUUCGACGUUACUGCCUUCGAUCUUGUCCCAGCUGCUGUCAGUCUUGCACGCCAGCGACUGCAAGCAGCUGGGGCAAUGCCAGGGUCAGUGCGCGUGUUCCAAGCAGAUGUUCUUGCGUUGAAUGCAGAACCUGAAAUCAUGGACCUCCCGUACGACACGGUAUUGGAUUUUGCGGUUUUUCAUGGUAUUGGUGAUGACGUGGCACAGCGGAAGGCCCUCACUGCAGCUGCUACGUGCACACGUGCCGGCGGGCGGCUGCUUCUCCACGCUUUCUCUGAUGGACAGGUUUUCCGAAACACGCUGCUUCAAUUGUCCUUCGCAUGUCCGCUGGCCUUCCCGAUGAUGCUUGUUCGGGGUGUGUCCCGCGUUGCAGGAAAUGCAGGAUAUGGAUGGACAGGUCCUCGCCGCACGACUGAAGAGCAUUUGCGGAAGCAGCUCCAGGCCGAUUCGGGCGCUUUGUCUUUAUCUGGCAUUCGCCAGCGCGGCCUCGUCCGCUGCCUCUCGGUCGCGUGCAUAAUGAUUUUUUUAUGCCUACACGAGGGCGGCGCUCUUGGAUUAGAUGAGUGGGAGAUGACAUGUGUUGCAGCUGGCAGGGAAUUUGAAACGCAACUGUACCGAGAUGUGCAGCACAAUCCCAGCCAGUGUGGCCACUUGAGCUCUUCCCUUGCGAGCCUAGCUGCCAGCAUCUGCCCUUCUGCCUCGCCACGCGCUGAACGCAAAGACACGCAGAGUGUUUUGCCAACGAGGCUUUUGGGGCCUUCUUGGCUGCUUCCCGAAUGGCCCUUUGCCCCUUUGGCCUUCUUCUUUGCUUGGUUCCAUUUGCGGUAUAUCCACUGGUUCCCUCAUGCCAAAGCACAUGGGGAUCACUCGCCAGACUUCGUUUUCGCAAACCUGUUUCCACAAGCGCUGCGUCCGGUGGCGAGUGCAGUUGGGGCGUUGUCCCACAAUCUGGCUUCCACGGUGGCGCCAGGUCUGCUGCGAAUACGGCAACCAGAGGAGGAUGCAGAGAAGGCCGAGGCCUUGACCUAUACCAGUAGUAUUACAGUAGUAGUAUCCUUCGCUAGAGACUGGUGUCUGAGCAGUUGGGCACAGCUUGUGGAGCUUCCAGCGAUUCAGCGCAGCCAAAGUGCUGUGCUCGUACAGGCCAUUGUCUACGACCCCAGUCGUGUACAGGAUGGGGGAGCUGAGUACGAUGCUCGCCGUGCCAAAGCUUUGAAGCUGUUGGACGAAUCCAUCAGCUCGCUUCUGGCACCGCAGGUGUCCGAAGCUUGGGAGUGCAGCAACGGCGUAUGCCGGAGAGGAGUUUCGCGCCCUCUUCUUGUGCGGUACUGA